AUGCCAGGAGCCAAAAAAGAUUGGCGUCAAUGGCAAAAAUGUUGGCAUGACAUGAAGUCAAAGACGAAGGGAAAACUGUCGAAAAUAAAAUCGCAGAUGGGACAAACGGGAGGAGGUGAACCACCAGAACAGGUUUUAAGUGCAUGGGAGGAUUCCUUAUUAAAUAUAAUUAGACCUACUGUGUGUGAGGGCCAUAACAGUUGUAUGGAGUCUGUAAUAGAAGUUGAAUCGCAAGAACAUGUCGAAAAUGUAAAUGAUCAUGAUUAUGUAGUAAAUAAAGAGACUGAGAGAAAUGAUCCAGUAGAUACUACGGAAAUGUCGGAUUCGGAAAAUCUUCCUCCUCAAACAAGUGUUCAAAGAAGUUCUAAAAAUAAAACCCCUUUAGGCAGGAGACAAGAAGUAAAACAAUCAACUGAGGCUACAAUAAAUUUGACAAAUGUAACUAAAAAAAGAAACGUCAUUAUAAGUAAUUAUUAUACGCAGAAAAUAAACUUACUUCGUGAAAAAAAAUGA